AAACCGCCUGAAAAUGUCUUUACUGUAAAUGUUUACAAAAUAUGCGUCAAAUUAAGGUUAUAAACCCUUGAAAACUGUAGUUUGUCCAGCCCGAAUGGCUUAAUUAUACAUAUGUGGAAAAAUGUUCCAUUACCUUAGUGCCUUUUUUUACUCCCUGAAAGAUUUUCUUGUGGAAUAUGUAGAUAUCGACUAUUCUCUAUGGUUAACCUGGGUCUUGACGCCUAUAAUAAUCACUUUCCUUCUACCAGCCGUUAUUAUCUUGCUCCUCUACAUGUCAGCCAUCAUAUUUUUCAUCUAUAAAUGGCACAGAGAGCGGUUAAAAGAUGCUUAUGAUGAUAACUUUUUUCAUGGUGCUAUCAAGACUGUUGCAGCUGUCUGGGAUGCCCACGGUUGGCUGUGGCACGGUUGGGAAGUUGUCGGCGAAGAGAAUAUCCCGAAAGAUUCCGGAGCCUUGCUCAUCUACUACCAUGGUGCUCUUCCGAUUGAUGUGUAUUAUUUACUUGCUAGAACGUACCUCAACCAAAACCGACUAAUUCACACAGUUGGGGAUAGAUUUUUAUUUAAAAUUCCAGGCUGGAAGAUAUUGACAGAGGUUCUGAAAAUCAUACCUGGAACAGUGCAGUCCUGCUCGGCUGUUCUGAAGGAAAAUAACAUGCUAGCCAUUUCACCAGGCGGAGUUUACGAAGCUCAAUUUGGCGAUUGUUACUACCAUUUAAUGUGGAAAAAAAGGCUUGGCUUCGCCAAAGUGGCAAUAGAUGCUAAAACUCCUGUCAUUCCAUUUUUUACUGAAAACAUUCGAGAAGCAUUCCGAUGUCUUGGUAUUGGUAGACGCUUACUGCUGCGACUCUACCUAGCCACAAAAAUACCAUUAGUUCCUAUCUAUGGAGGCUUCCCAGUCAAAUUACGGACAUACAUUGGUAAACCCAUCAUUUUCGAAGAUGGAGUCACCCCAGAAGAGGUCCAAAUUAAGGUUGCCGCUGCAGUCGAAGAGCUAAUCCAAAAACAUCAGAGAGUUCCUGGCUCGAUUACGCGAGCCCUCUUUGAUCGCUUUUAUACAAAUCCCAAAGAUAAGAAAACCUAGUUCUGGUCAUGAGGAUGAUGAAUCCAAGUUCGAGUCCACACUCUUACAUGUUUGUAUUCCAUGUUGCAUACAAAUAAUUUCCAGUAAGUUCUUAACUAUGUGAUAUUUUUACUUCAGUGCAAACUUUGAACUGUAUCUCUGAGGCCAUGGCUUGCUUAAUGACAAAAUAGACAAAAAGGUUAAUGAGAAAAUUUGCUCAAAGAGAGAGGAAGUUUUGAGCUCUCUUCCAUUUUCAAGAGUAUCAUGCUUUCAAACCAGUAUUAGUGAAAUUCAGAAAAAUACCAUUCUUUUUUCGCUCUAACAAACCUUGAAGUAAAUCAGAGGGAAACGUAUUCAAAAUUUAAAAAAUACCAACUUGUCUAGUGACUUUAGGAUAUGUUGCUGGUUUGUUUGACUCUCUGAUUUUUGAUGAUUGAAAAAUCAAAUCAGCAUGCGCAAACAGCCUCUUGUUUCUAUGUAAGAUUUCAUUAAAAUUUGAUCAAAAUUUCAAAUCUCAAUCAAUAUUAUCACUUUGAUGCUGUUAAAAUCAAAGAUUUGUUAAAAGUUUGGAAUGCUUACAUGGAACAGCUCUUUUUCACCUUUUUUAAAAAUGUAGUAAUUUUAUUUUUACAAUGAUAUAAAAACUACAGAUUGGCUAAUCCUAUGCUCUGUGAACAGUGAGCUUUGUACCCUAGGAGCAAAAGUUAGGUUGAGACAAAGAUAAUCUUUAUUUCUUUGGAUUCCAUUAUUUUCAUGCGACUCUCCUGAAUUCGGACUCGCAUCAAAUUUAAAAGAAACCAUUUGAAAAUCUGUGUCCAUGUCUAAAAUUUAGUUACGCUUCAAGUGGGUUUAUUUUGAGAAUUUCAACAAUGAAUUCUUCAUUAUUCAAAAACUUCCUUAAGAGCUCAUGCUAUUUUUAGGUUUGGUGGUUAGGACGAGAACAGCUCGCACCCCUGCCUGCAUAUUGAAAGUCAGCUCCAUAUCGGGUACAUUUUAACAGGCCCCCAUAAACCUAUAGUCUUUAUAUCGUUGAUCUAAAAAUGAUACACGAAAGAAGCACUUUAAUUCAAGUGCAGUUAAGGGAAUCUUGCAUGUUUGUGGUGAGAAAA